AUGAAUGUUGACAGAUUUAAUAUGACAAUAUUAAUGAUUGUUUUUUUAUUAUUCCUUCUUAUUAUUAAACCAAUUCAUACAGCUAUUCAACGAUUACCAUCAAUAUCUUUAAAUGAACAAAGUUCUAUUGGUACAUCAAUAUAUGAUUUAACUCGUGUUUAUUCAUCAUCAUCAUCAGCAAAAAAUUUAAUAAAAUUUUCUUUUCUAUAUGAUUCAAGUCCACAUAAUUCAUUUUUUAUUGUUGAUUCAUUAACAGGACGUAUAUCUAUAAAACGUAUGAUUGAUCGUGAAGAAUUAUGUCAAACACAUACAUGUAAUUGUGAACGAUGUUUAUUAACAUUAGAAAUUAUAGCAUCAACAUUACAAACAAUUGAUAUAUUAUCAUUAGAUAUAAUUAUUGAAAAUAUUAAUGAUAAUCAACCAAUAUUUCCUAUAUCAACAUUUCAAAUACGUUUAUUAGAAAAUACUGAUAUUGGUUAUAUAGCAUCAUUUCCAUCAGCAACUGAUUUAGAUAAUCAAGAUCGUCUUGAAUAUCGUAUUGUAUCAUUAGAUGAAAUAAAUAAACAAGAAAUUUUAGAAACAUUUUCAAUUGUUAAUUUACAAACAGAAAAUCAACUUGGUUUACGUUUAUUAAAAUCACUUGAUCAUGAAAUAAAAAAACUAUAUAAAAUGAAAAUUUUAGCUAAUGAUGGACAACAUAUAGGUGAAUUAUUAUUAGAUGUUUAUAUUCUUGAUUCAAAUGAUAAUAUUCCUAAAUUUGAACAUGAAAAAUAUCAAAUUAAAUUAUAUGAAAAUACUCCCAUUGGAACAAAUAUUCUUCAUAUACAUGCUUAUGAUAAUGAUGAAGGUUUAAAUGCAUUAAUUAAUUAUACAAUUAUGACAGAUAAUCCAAUAUCUUUAUUUCCUUUUCAAAUUAAUGUAACAACUGGAAUUAUUCAAUUAAUUCAAUCAUUAGAUUAUGAAUAUGAAACAAACUAUCAUUUUAGUGUUCGUGCACGUGAUAAUGGACCUGAUGCAGUUAGUGUUUAUGCUCAAAUUGAAAUAGAUAUACUUGAUGUAAAUGAUUGUUCACCGGAUAUUGAUUUUAUUUUUCCAGAUAAUCAUUUACAAAAAAAUAUUUUUUAUAUUGAAGAAGAAAAAGAAAAUAAUACACGUUUAUUUCAUUUAAGUGUUAAUGAUAAAGAUUCA